GCGCGAGGCUCAGCACAGCCUUCCUGUGUGGGUUCACUGCCCAGAGCGUCAUGGACCUGGGGAAACCAAUGAAAAGUGUGCUGGUAGUGGCUCUCCUUGUGGUUUUCCAGGUGUGCCUAUGCCAAGAUGAGGUCACAGAUGACUACAUCGGGGACAACACCACGGUGGACUACACCUUGUGGGAGUCUUUGUGCUUCAAGAAGGAUGUGCGGAACUUUAAGGCCUGGUUCCUCCCCAUCAUGUAUUCAGUCAUUUGCAUCGUGGGCCUGCUGGGCAAUGGGCUGGUCGUGUUGACCUACAUCUAUUUCAAGAGGCUAAAGACCAUGACUGAUACCUACCUGCUCAAUCUGGCCAUGGCAGACAUCCUCUCUCUCCUGACCCUUCCCUUCUGGGCCUACAGUGCGGCCAAGUCCUGGGUCUUUGGUGUCCACUUCUGCAAGCUCAUCUUUGGCAUCUACAAGAUCAGCUUCUUCAGCGGCAUGCUCCUGCUCCUGUGCAUCAGCAUUGACCGCUACGUGGCCAUCGUCCAGGCCGUCUCGGCUCACCGCCACCGUGCCCGCGUCCUCCUCAUCAGCAAGCUCUCCUGUGCAGGGAUCUGGAUGCUGGCCAUGGUGCUGUCCACCCCGGAGCUGCUGUACAGUGGCAUUCAGAAGACCAACAGCGAGCAAACGCUGCGAUGCUCUCUCAUCAGCGAGCACGUGGAGGCCUUUAUCAUCGUCCAUGUGGCCCAGAUGGUGAUCGGCUUUCUGGUCCCCCUGCUGGCCAUGAGUUUCUGCUACCUUGUGAUCAUCCUCACCCUGCUCCAGGCGCGCAACUUUGAGCGCAACAAGGCCAUCAAGGUGAUCAUCGCUGUGGUCGUGGUCUUCAUCGUCUUCCAGCUGCCCUACAAUGGCGUGAUCCUGGCCAAGACGAUGGCCAACUUCAACAUCACCAGUGGCAGCUGUGAGCACAGCAAGCAACUUGACAUCGCCUAUGAUGUCACCUAUAGCCUGGCCUGCGUCCGCUGCUGUGUCAACCCUUUCUUAUACGCCUUCAUCGGCGUCAAGUUCCGUAAUGACCUCUUCAAGCUCUUCAAGGACUUGGGCUGCCUCAGCCAGGAGCAGCUGCGGCAGUGGUCCUCCUGCCGGCACGCCCGGCGGACCUCGAUGAGUGUGGAGGCUGAGACCACCACCACCUUCUCCCCAUAGGCAGCUCUUCUGUCUGGACUAGAGGGACCUAUCCAGGGCCCCCCUGGGGUGGGGACAGGGAGCAGAUACAAUGACUCAGGACAUACCCCCCACUCCCAGAAAAAAAGCUGCUGAGGUAAAACCAGCUCUGACCUCAGAGUGAAAACCUGUGCCCCAGAAAAGAGCUUAACCCCAAGCCUAGCUACCUCAACCAAGGCUGAAAAGAGACAUGGCUGAUAAGCUAAUGCCAGAAAGGGCAACUCCCCAAAACUGAGG